CUUCCUGGCGGUUACCGAGGGGUUCCUUCGAAGAACCAUGAAGUCGUCCUCUGUUGUGCUAACCCUAGCCUCCCUGGUGUUCCUGAUGUGUGUCCCCAGGUCACAGACCUGUAACAAAGCUCUCUGUGCUAGCGAUGUGAGCAAGUGCCUCAUUCAGGAGCUCUGCCAGUGCCGGCCUGGAGAAGGAAGCUGCCCCUGCUGUAAGGAGUGCAUGCUGUGCCUGGGGACCCUGUGGGACGAGUGCUGCGACUGUGUCGGGAUGUGUAACCCUCGGAAUUACAGCGACACGCCUCCUACUUCAAAGAGCACGGUGGAGGAGCUGCAUGAGCCCAUCCCUUCCCUGUUCAGAGCCCUCACAGAGGGGGACACCCAGCUGAACUGGAACAUCGUCUCCUUCCCUGUGGCAGAGGAGUUGUCCCACCAUGAAAAUCUAGUUUCCUUUUUAGAAACUGUGAACCAGCCACACCACCAAAACGUGUCUGUUCCCAGUAACAACGUCCACGCGCCUUAUCCCAGCGACAAAGAGCACAUGUGCACUGUGGUCUACUUUGAUGACUGCAUGUCCAUACACCAGUGUAAAAUAUCCUGUGAGUCCAUGGGAGCCUCCAAGUACCGCUGGUUUCAUAACGCCUGCUGCGAGUGCAUCGGUCCAGAGUGCAUCGACUAUGGCAGCAAAACUGUCAAGUGUAUGAACUGCAUGUUUUAAAGAAGGAAAAGAAACGAAGUUUAGUUCAUAGGAGGACAUGGAAAUGACUCAAUAAGUCAUGAAAUGUGCAGACAUCAUGAGUCAAGUAUGCGAGGGACAUGUUAAAUUAUACUAUUAUAGCUGUACUUGCUA